AAUACGAUUGGUAGAAACGCACUAAAUGCUAGUUCCGACUGAAGUUAGUCAUUGCGUAGAAAGGCCGGCAGGCUGAGGCAGUAAUUGGAGGUAAAAUGGCGCUGACUUCUCAAGGAACAAAGAAGAAAGUUUGCUAUUAUUACGAUGGUGAUGUUGGGAACUACUACUAUGGCCAGGGCCAUCCAAUGAAACCCCACAGGAUUCGCAUGACCCACAAUCUCCUGCUCAACUAUGGGCUCUACAGGAAGAUGGAAAUCUAUAGACCCCACAAGGCCAAUGCUGAGGAGAUGACCAAGUACCACAGUGAUGACUACAUCAAAUUCCUACGCUCCAUCCGGCCUGACAACAUGUCUGAGUACAGCAAACAGAUGCAAAGAUUUAAUGUGGGAGAGGAUUGUCCCGUGUUUGAUGGCUUGUUUGAGUUCUGUCAGCUCUCAACAGGUGGCUCUGUUGCGGGAGCAGUGAAAUUGAACAAACAGCAGACAGACAUUGCCAUCAACUGGGCAGGAGGACUUCACCAUGCCAAGAAGUCUGAGGCGUCAGGGUUCUGUUACGUCAACGACAUUGUAUUAGCCAUCCUGGAGCUUCUGAAGUACCAUCAGAGAGUGCUGUACAUAGACAUUGACAUUCACCAUGGCGAUGGCGUGGAGGAGGCUUUCUACACUACAGACCGCGUCAUGACCGUGUCCUUCCACAAGUACGGGGAGUACUUCCCAGGCACAGGAGAUCUCAGAGACAUUGGAGCAGGCAAGGGCAAAUACUACGCUGUGAACUACCCCCUCAGGGAUGGCAUUGACGACGAAUCUUAUGAGGCCAUCUUUAAGCCUAUCAUGGCCAAAGUGAUGGAGAUGUACCAGCCCAGUGCCGUGGUGCUGCAGUGUGGAGCCGACUCCUUGUCUGGAGACCGGCUGGGCUGCUUCAACCUCACAAUCAAAGGCCAUGCUAAGUGUGUGGAGUACAUGAAGAGCUUUAACCUGCCGUUGCUGAUGCUGGGAGGCGGGGGCUACACCAUCAGGAACGUGGCCCGCUGCUGGACCUACGAGACUGCUGUGGCCCUGGACAGCACCAUUCCAAACGAGCUCCCCUACAAUGACUACUUUGAGUACUUCGGCCCUGACUUUAAACUCCACAUCAGUCCAUCCAACAUGACCAACCAGAACACAAACGAUUACCUGGAGAAGAUAAAGCAGCGUCUCUUUGAGAACCUGCGCAUGCUACCCCACGCCCCUGGGGUGCAGAUGCAGGCCAUUCCAGAGGACGCUAUACAGGAAGACAGCGGGGAUGAGGAGGAGGACCCCGACAAGCGUAUCUCUAUCCGUGCUCACGACAAGAGGAUAGCCUGUGAAGAGGAGUUCUCUGACUCUGAGGACGAGGGCGCGGGCCAGGGCGGUGGCCGCAGGAACGCCGCCAACUUCAAGAAGGCCAAACGGGUCAAGACCGAGGAGGAGAAGGACGGAGAGGAGAAGAAAGAGCUCUCAUUGUCUCCAGCUGAUGUGAAGGAAGAGGAGAAGACACCAGAAGAAAAAAUGGACACAAAGGGGCCAAAAGAAGAACUGAAGACAGCCUGAUAAGUUUAGAGCCCUGAAAUCCUUGUGGAUGCAUGACCUUGUCUGUUGUCAGAUGCCCCACCUCUCCACACACACACAUGCAUAUGCAUACACACCAUCUAUACACACAAACACAGAGCAGAGGUUAGACUGCGGAAGCAAAAGACUGUAAAUUAUUUUCUAAGACUCAUUUUACUAUUUGUAUUCUUAAAACGUGGUAUAAAGUUUUUGCAUUGCCAGUGUGAAUUGAAAUGCAAGGUCUGUUUUUUUUUUCUCAUUUUUUUCCUUUUUCUUGUUUUUAUGUUUAUUUUUCAAAGUUUGCAUUCUAUCAGUACCUUUUUUGUUCUUCUGCUUAGUACAGUACCUCAACCAGACCGGACCAGAACAAGACACAGUUCAUCCAAUAUUCACCAGCUCUUAAACUCUCCCUGUCUCCUUCAUAAGCUUUCUUCUCCUAAGUUAUUUUACAUCAUGGACAUUUACAUUUGUAUAUUCCCCCUCAAAUUUAGUUUCUUUUCGGUUUGUCUUCUUUCCUUCCUCCAGAUGCCUGCUGCAAUGUUCUUUUACCUUGUUUUUAAGAAAAUGAUGAAAAAAGAAAAAAAAAUAUUUGUUUUUAUUCCCAUGUCUGCUUUGAGGGCAGUGAAUGUGGCCGUGUGUUUUGGACGGAGGGAGGGAGGAUUGGGGACUGGAGGUGUGGAGGUGCAGGGAGAGGAGGGGGUUUGCUCAGCAGAUGUUAAGUUACUGCUUUUUGGAGAGCAGCUAGCAGGUUCGGUGGACCUGCGGUCCGGUUUGGGUUUCCAAAAAGGUCCGGUGUUGUGUAAUGUCUAUUGUAACAUUGAAUUUGGUAAAUAAAACAAAGAAAAUCUCAA